GGAGCUCUGAGGGAAAGAGCAGCGUCUCAUCUCUGCUUCCCGGCCCGGCGGGGCCCUGCCCGCCCCCGGAGUCCCUUGCAGGCCAGCCUGCAGCGGCCGCAGGGCGGGGGGGGGGCCGCCAGGACGCAGGCCUUGGGCCGGCCGCUGCCUCCUCGGGGACGCAGCGCCAAGGGGUCUGGGGGAGCCGUGCGGGACAAGGAAGCGAGGAGCCGGCCGCCCCUACGCCGGGUUGCGAGUCUGUGAGACCAGUUGCACCAAGUGAUUUCUGACGUUUCCCCAUCCGCUAAGUUCCCGUGUGCUGAUGGAUGGAGCCAUGGAUCACCUGACUUGACUUGGAGAGUGCCGAAACAUUCUGGUUCCGUGUUAGCUCAAGGCUUGAGUUCCAGGGCUCAGAGCCAUUCGCAGUGGCCCCCUGAAUGUGCAGUGCAGGGGUCCUCGAACUUUUAAAUAGGGGGCCUGUCCCUCAGACUGUCGCAGGGCGCACUAGAGUAACAACAAAACCUUUGUUCUGUGGGCCUUUGAAUGGAGAACCUCCAUGGCCCUGGGUGAGGGGAUGACCGUCCUCAGCUGCCGCGUCUGAGGGCCGCAGUUUGAGGGCCUGAUUUAGUGUUAUCCCUUUUCAAGAGUUCGGUGCAGCGAAGCCCGUACUAUCUGUAUUUGUUGUUGUUGGACUAGCUCAUCCAUCGGUCUUGGGUGGUGUGCCUUGCAUCUGCUACUCUGGGAGCUGGCCUAGGUUUGUUUGUUUUUAUCACCUGCCUAGAGUCAGACAACUUGUAAGAAUCAAAUGUGUGCGGUUGGACUUGAGCCCCGGUCCUCCUGUCUCUAAGCUGCCGCUCUAUCCACUGCGCUAGCCGGAGUCAUCUUAGGCCUCGCUUUCAAACACGCAUUUCUGGGAGCCGCAGAAUGGGACAGCAUUCCUCACUGCCGGGCAGAAUAAAAGUUUGUGCUGCCCGUCCCUGGGCACUAGCUGAAACUGUCACGGAAAAUAGCCAGCCCAGACUGGAGUUUCCAGAAUGCAGUGGGAGGGAGGAGAUGGUCAUUUCCAGGAGACAAUAUGUUUUGCCGUCCCGGUUUUAGACUGUCUCCAGAAAUGUGCUUCUCGGGAGCUGCGUCUUUGGGUGGCCGAAAGUUCAUCAUUGCUAAUGCUCGGGUGGAAAACUGUGCCGUCAUCUACUGCAAUGAUGGCUUCUGCGAGCUGUGUGGCUACUCCCGGGCAGAGGUGAUGCAGCGGCCCUGCACCUGCGACUUCCUGCAUGGCCCUAGGACCCAGCGCCGGGCCGCCGCCCAGAUCGCUCAGGCUCUGCUGGGGGCCGAGGAGCGCAAGGUGGAGAUUGCUUUCUACAGGAAGGAUGGCAGCUGCUUUCUGUGCUUGGUGGACGUAGUUCCCGUGAAGAACGAGGAUGGGGCUGUCAUCAUGUUCAUCCUCAACUUUGAAGUGGUGAUGGAGACGGAGUUGGCGGGGUCCCUGGCCCACGACACGAACCACCGAGGCCCUCCCACCAGUUGGCUGGCCCCAGGCCGUGGCCGGACCUUUCGACUGAAGCUUCCAGCACUUCUGGCCCUGACAGCCCGGGAACCCUCCCUGCGACCUGGUGGCCCGAGGGCUCCAGGGGCAGUUGUGGUGGACGUGGACUUGACUCCGGCACCGCCCAGCAGCGAGUCUCUGGCCCUGGAUGAGGUGACCUCCUCCCUAGAUAACCAUGUGUCAGGCCCUCCUGGCCUGGCUGAGGAGCGCCGGGCCCUGGUGGGGCCUGGCUCCCCGAGUAGUGUACCUCUUACGCACUCCUCCCCUCGGACGCGAAACCUCAACCCUGAUGCCUCAGGCUCCAGCUGCAGCCUGGCCCGGACCCGCUCCCGCGAGAGCUGUGCCAGUGUCCGACGAGCAUCUUCCGCCGAUGACAUCGAGGCCAUGAGGGCUGGCACGAUGCCCCCACCCCCCCGCCACGCCAGCACUGGGGCCAUGCACCCCCUACGCAGCAGCCUCCUGAACUCCACCUCAGACUCGGACCUGGUCCGUUAUCGCACCAUCAGUAAGAUUCCUCAGAUCACCCUGAACUUCGUGGAUCUGAAGGGUGAUCCUUUCCUGGCCUCACCUGCCAGUGACCGCGAGAUCAUUGCCCCAAAGAUCAAGGAGAGGACCCACAACGUCACCGAGAAAGUCACCCAGGUCCUGUCCCUGGGUGCAGACGUGUUGCCCGAGUACAAGCUGCAGGCUCCCAGGAUUCACCGCUGGACCAUUUUGCACUACAGUCCUUUCAAAGCUGUGUGGGACUGGCUUAUCCUCCUGCUGGUCAUCUACACCGCCGUCUUCACACCGUACUCGGCAGCCUUCCUGCUGAGCGAGGAGACCCCACCGGCCCCUGACUGUGGCUAUGCCUGUCAGCCCUUGGCGGUGGUGGACCUCAUCGUGGACAUCAUGUUCAUUGUGGACAUCCUCAUCAACUUCCGAACCACCUAUGUCAACGCCAAUGAGGAGGUGGUCAGCCACCCUGGCCGAAUCGCUGUCCACUACUUCAAGGGCUGGUUCCUCAUCGACAUGGUGGCAGCCAUCCCUUUUGACCUACUCAUCUUUGGCUCCGGCUCUGAGGAGCUGAUCGGGCUGCUGAAGACAGCACGGCUGCUGCGACUGGUGAGGGUGGCAAGGAAGCUGGACCGCUACUCAGAGUAUGGGGCUGCCGUGCUCUUCCUGCUCAUGUGCACCUUCGCCCUCAUCGCGCACUGGCUGGCCUGCAUCUGGUACGCCAUCGGCAACAUGGAGCAGCCGUUCAUGGACUCCCGCAUCGGCUGGCUUCACAACCUGGGUGACCAGAUCGGCAAGCCCUACAAUGGCAGCGGCUCGGGGGGCCCCUCCAUCAAGGACAAGUAUGUCACUGCUCUCUACUUCACCUUCAGCAGCCUGACCAGUGUGGGCUUUGGCAAUGUCUCCCCCAACACCAAUUCUGAGAAGAUCUUCUCCAUAUGUGUCAUGCUCAUUGGCUCUCUGAUGUAUGCCAGCAUCUUUGGCAAUGUAUCUGCUAUCAUACAACGACUGUACUCGGGCACUGCCCGAUACCACACCCAGAUGCUCCGAGUCCGUGAGUUCAUCCGCUUUCACCAGAUCCCCAACCCCCUGCGACAGCGCCUGGAGGAGUAUUUCCAGCACGCGUGGUCCUACACCAAUGGCAUCGAUAUGAAUGCGGUGCUGAAGGGAUUCCCUGAGUGUCUCCAGGCUGACAUCUGCCUGCAUCUGAAUCGUUCCUUGCUACAACACUGCAAACCUUUCCGAGGGGCCACCAAGGGCUGCCUGCGGGCACUGGCCAUGAAAUUCAAGACCACUCAUGCACCUCCUGGGGACACGCUCGUCCAUGCUGGGGACCUGCUGACGGCUCUCUACUUCAUUUCUCGAGGCUCCAUCGAGAUCCUACGUGGUGACGUUGUUGUGGCUAUCCUGGGGAAGAAUGACAUCUUUGGCGAGCCUCUGAAUCUGUACGCACGGCCCGGCAAGUCCAACGGGGAUGUCCGAGCUCUUACUUACUGUGACCUGCACAAGAUCCAGCGUGAUGACCUUCUGGAAGUACUGGACAUGUACCCCGAGUUCUCCGAUCACUUCUGGUCCAGCUUGGAGAUCACCUUCAACCUGCGUGACACCAAUAUGAUCCCUGGUUCCCCGGGCAGCACCGAGUUAGAUGGUGGCUUCAACCGGCUGCGCAGACGCAAGCUGUCCUUCCGCCGCCGAACAGACAAGGAUGCAGAGCAGUCAGGAGAAGGCUCAGUGGUGGGCACGGGCCGAGAAGGUGCGGGAGCCGGCGGCCGGGCACGGUCAGGGGGGCCGUGGGAUGAGAGUCCUUCCAGCGGUCCCUCCAGCCCAGAGAGCAGUGAGGAAGAGGAGACCCGAGGGCCCAGUUCCAGCCCUCUCCGCCUGGUGCCCUUCCCCAGCCCCCAACCUCCCCGGGACCUGCUGGGUGGGGAGCCCGUGGCUGAGGAGGCCGAGAAGGGCAGCGACACCUGUAAUCCCUUGUCAGGUGCCUUCUCAGGGGUGUCCAACAUCUUUAGUUUCUGGGGGGACAGUCGGAGUCGCCAGUACCAGGAGCUGCCGAGAUGUCCAACCCCAACACCUACCACCGGGCUCCUCAACAUCCCCCUGGCCAGCCCUGGGCGCCGGCCCCGAGGCGACGUGGACAGCAGGCUCGAUGCCCUCCAGAGACAGCUCAACAGGCUGGAGACCCGCCUCAGCACAGACAUGGCGGCGGUGCUGCAGCUGCUGCAGAGACAGAUGACGCUGGUGCCCCCGGCCUACAGCACCGUGACUCCCCCCGCCCCCGCGCUCUCAUCCGACUCCCCCUUGUUGCCCGUCAGCCCUGUCCCCACUCUCACCCUCGACUCUCUCUCUCAGGUUUCCCAGUUCCUGGCGUGUGAGGAGCUCCCUCCAGGGGCUUCAGAGCUUCCCCACGACGGCCCUGCCCGACGCCUCUCCCUGCCCGGGCAGCUGGGGGCCCUGACCUCCCAGCCCCUGCACAGACACGGCUCAGACCCGGGCAGUUAGUGGGGUAGCUAGGCGGACAUGUGGCUCAGCCCAGGCCCCUGUGGCCCUGCACAACUCUGGGCCCUCUCCCCUAGACAGUCUUCACUCCCCUGGGGAGGAGACUGGGGAAGGUCAGAAUGGGAGGAGUUGAGGGGAGCAAUGGGGUCGUUUUCCUUUCCCUCAAAGCUUGGGAUAUUUUACUCCCACCAGGUUCCCCUUGCCCCACCUCCCCCACCCCCACCCCCCAGGGAGAGGGUUGGGGCCCCAGGGACCAGGCUGUGGCACCCUCUUGGGGGCAUUGGACAGAGGGUCUCUGGUCCUCCCCAUCCUCCCCCCGGCUGCCCUGGGGGCAUUAGCUGGUCUAACUGCCCGGGAGGGAUAUGGCCCUGGGGCCUCAGGCACCUCAAGGACUCUACUGCUAUUUACUGCUCUUAUUGUUAAGGAUAAUAAUUAAGGAUCAUUAUGAAUCAUUAAUGAAGAUGCUGAUGAAUAUGAAUAAUAAAUAAUUAUCCUGAGGAGAAACCAGUGAUGUUGCCGGGCAUUAGGUCUGCAUGGCUUUAUGUCCAUAUAGACUCUCAGGACUUUUCAAACCGGGGGUGUCACAUGUAUGUCUCAAGAUUUACGGCCUGGGGCAGCAUCCUGCCUAUGGUUCCAGAAGGGAGGAGGCAAGACUUGGUGUGAUCCCCCUAGAAGACAUCUGUGAUCCCUAACAGUGUCCUCCCACUUCUCCCAUUUUUAUUGGGUUGAAGACUUUCAUGAAAUCUCCAUAACUCAGUGACUUAGAGAAGGGUACUAAUGAAACUUCCAUCUCACUGGCCACCAACUGCCCCCUUCCCUUUAGCCAGUAUCUGAUUGCUAGCCUGGAGCUAAGCCCAGCCAGGGACUGACGCUAACUCUUCAUAUGCUGACCUUGUAAUCCUGGCUACUCUCCACUUUAUCUGCUGCUGGAUUCCUGACUUGUCCAGGAAAUCACUCCUCUAACUCUGGCUAGUGACUGACCACCAAGUGACUCUUCAUUUCUUCCAUGCAUUGAUUUCUAAUUCCAACCAGAGAUUUACCUCCUAACCCAACCCCUGGCUGACUCACUAAUCCUAUCUACCUACCUAGGGCUGAUUCUUAAUGGAUGUUCUGAUUUACUGCUAAUCCCUGCCAUCUACUAACCCUUAAGCCUGGCCACAGGCUGAGCCCCUGCUCUCUUCAAAGACUGACCUAAUUCUGCCAAUAGACACAGAUUAAACCCCUGACCCUGACUAUUUACUGGUGCCUGACCCUGGUCAGAAAAUGAUUCCCAAAUUCUAGACACUUGAGUGACCCCAAUCCCAUCCAGCUGCCUCCACAAAUUCUUUCCCUUUGGUCAUUAAAAGGAACUGUAGAUGGCUCAUUGUUGUCCAUUUGUACUAUUGGAUAAACAACUCAUAGGAUUAUUAAUUUAAUUUAGAAUUAUAAGGGAGUUUAGUGAUUAUUGAGUCCAUCCAAUCCCCUCUUCCUACCUCCCUCCCCAUUUCAUAGAAAAGGAAAGAUUAAAUGGCCAAGGUGGGUUGCAGGUAGUAAGUGGCAGAAUCAGAGUUCUUUGACUGAAGACCCAACAUUUUACUCCAACACUUAAACUGAAGGUUUUCCUGAGGGUCUGAAGGGACGUGGACUGAUGUCAGUGGUGAUUAAGGAGCUCUUGUCCAGUUUGCCAGCUAUCCCUUCUGCUGGAGCUGAUGGGAUCAUAAUGCCUUCCCAUUAUACUCU